CCUUUAUUAAAGUUUGCAGCCUCGUCGAUGUCUUGGCUACGAUCCUUCCUCUCGCAAUCCAAUAUACAAGCGAUUAUAGAAUUACUUUGAUCAUGGUGGCAGCGCACAUCUUGGUUAUUGGAGCCACUGGCCCGGCGGGCUUGGAAUUCUGUUCCGCGGCCCUUGAGGAGGGACACCAAUUGACACUUUACGUACGGAACCCUACCAAGCUACCUACCGACAUCAGUGGCAAUGCAAAGGUCACCGUCAUUCAAGGCAUCCUUGAAGAUAAAUCUGGCCUGCAGCAGGCUAUCACGUCUGGCGCCACAGUUUUCGUCUCAUUUGCAGGACCUGUUGCAAACUCAAAAGGAACUCCCGUCACCGAUGCGAUGAAGUCGAUAUUCCCACUUCUGGUCGCUAAUAAGUUCAAGAGGGUCAUGGUGCUCGGCACAUGUUCUUUUACUGCGCCUCAAGAUAAAGGUGCUUUAAAGUGGAAGGCGUCGAUCGUUCUUAUCAAAAUCAUCGGUGGGUCUGCCUUUGACGAGUUCCAGGGACUCGGCAGCUUUGUGACAUCUCAAGAUGUCACACCAUUGAACUGGACCCUCUUCCGGGUUCCUUUCCUUGGAAAUAGUCCUGUGGCCCCGGUGACUGCCACAUUCACAGGGUCUGGUAAGGACGGGAUGUUCUUGUCUAGAAAGAGUUUGGCCGCGUGGAUUUUAAAGGAGAUGAAUGACAGGUCUGAUUGGAUUGGCAAGGCACCGGUGCUAUCAAAUUAGUAUCAGAUUAGGCUGUGACGCGGUAUGAAGUAGCGCCAGUUAAAGCAUAAUAUGAAG